UGCGCAUGCGCACCUCAAGGAGUUCUGUCGAGGUCGAAUUGUGGACUCUGUUUGAUUUUAGGCAAAACAAGCCACAAAAUGCCCAGAGACUAUGAUAAAGAAGCAUACCCGGAGCCUCCCCGGCAGACUCCAGUGGUCGACAAGCAGACGGCGCUGCCUAACCCGGCUCUAUUCCUGUCUAAAGUCUUCUAUUACACCGUGGACCUGCCUGUCACCACAUUCAGAGAUACUGUUGACAGCAUUCGGUCCAAAAACAAGCUGGUUUAUUAUCACCAGAAGUUCCGCCGCGUCCCCGACCUGACAGAAUGCCAGGAGGGAGAUUAUCCCUGCUACUAUGAGGCGGAGAUGCAGUGGAGGAGAGACUAUAAGGUGGAUCAGGAGAUAGUGAAGGUGAUCCAGGAACGCCUGAGGGCCUGUCAGCAGAGAGAAGGGCACAGCUACCAGCAGAACUGCGCUAAAGAAAUCCAGCAGUUCAAUGAGGUGACCAAGAACUACCAGUCACGCUAUGGUGACCUGGGAGCAUAUGCUAGUGCAAGGAAGUGUCUAAUGAAGCAAAAAGAGCGAAUGAUGGCAGCUCAGGCCCAAAGUGCUUAAACAGUCCCAUCUCUGCCAAGUGUAUUAUUGUAAAAUAAAGUUUAUGUGAUUA